CCGGCGUGCCCGCUGCAGACCUGCGACCCGACGCCGGGUGCUAAUGGGUGUGAUAUCAGCACGUCGUGCAUCUCGCUCACGGGUGCUGUGAACGUGGGGGCGGGAGAGCAUCUGUGUGCGUGCCGGCAUGGGUUCAGGGCUGACUCGACCGAUCCUAAGGAUACCAGCGUGCAGGUAAGGCUGCCGUGGGCGGGGCAGGAGGGGAGGGUGUUUGUGAAGCCUGGGAUCGCGUGUAAUCAGCUUUGCGAUGCGUUUCAGCUUGGGAAGGAUGGAUGUACGGAGGUGGUCGAGGAGCCGAUGUGU